AUGGAGCUGAAGAGGCGAGCAGAGAGUCUGUGUGAGCAGGAAGAUCUGCAGGGAGACAAGAAACUGGAGGUCCAGAAGAUGGUCAAAGACACUGAACAGCAUUGGAGGACGGUCCUGCAGACUGCGGAGGACUCGCAGAGGCAGCUGAAGGGUGUUGUGGAGCGCCUGGUGUCCUGUCAGUACCAGCAGGGCCAGGCGGAGGCCCGUCUGUCUGAGUGUCAGAAGCAGACCUCUGCCCUUCCGAGGGUCUUCCCCUGGCCCGGCCUGGGAGAGCGGAGGCAGGCGGUGGAACAGGCCCGCAUCCUGCUGGAGCAGAGCACCGCUUUGGCCCCCGUCCUCUCUAACCUCCGCACACAGGCUGCGGAGCUGUUUGAGAUCACACAGGACGUUGGCUGGUCAGAUCCAUCAGUGGCAGACAAGGAGAAGUCCAUUCCUCCUCUGCUGAAAGAGCUCACUGAAGCCGUUUCAAACUUGGAGCAGGGCAUCGUGACGGAGAGGCAGUGCACCCAGUUGGUGGAGCAGCAUGUAGCAGCUCAGGAUUGGCUGAGGGAGCACGUUAAAGGCCUGGGAGCUCCUCCUGCAGACAGACAGGGUUUACACAACACUGUCAACACUCUGAAGGCUUUACUCCAGACAGUGGACAGGGAGCAGAGGGAGAUGAAGGAGCUGGACUCGGCCAGAGACAGUUUGCUGAGCCUCUGCUCCCAUGGAGGUCGGGAUGCCCUGACCCUGGAGGUCAGCCAUCUCCACGACCUCUGUGCCACCUCGGAGCGGGAGGUUAGGGAGCGCCUGGCAGCCUGUGAGGCUCGACUGCAGGAGCUGGACAGUCAGGUGGCCAAGAAGGCCCGGGGCUGAAGGAGAGAGCUGCAGCGCUGCAGUGGGAACUCCGCUCU